GCCUGUGGAACAUGGCCUUCGGCGAAUGACAGUGCACGCGGUAUCGACUUGACGGCACGACGGAUCAAAUGCGCGGAGCAACUGAGGAACGCCGCCCCCCACUCCUCGCGGAAACCCGGACGCCGUCGAUUGCGACAAAAAGCGUGUGCUCGCCGUCGGCCGACAGCGGGAUUCCUCCAAGGGCCUCACGGGACGUGAAACCCGAAACACCUGAAGAGCCCCAGCCCGGACCGAAGCGGGGCACGACCGAUGGCGCGGAAUUAUCGUCGUCCGCGGAGUGCUGCAGCAGUCACGCCCCAGCGAGUCCGGACAGCGCGAUGGUCGUCGAGUCCACCAUCGACAGCACAUCAUUGUGCGAGAGCCAGGACGCCACGUCGGUGACGUCCUUGCGGGCCACGAGUGGCGGUAGGGGCCACCAUCUGAGUCCGGCGGCAGCAGCAGCCCGCCGUCGCCGAGCACUGAGAACAUUUUGGCAGAUGCACAAGAAGGCGUUGCUUUUUGCCUUCUUCGUGGUCUUCAUCGUUGGCUGCCUAGUGGCUACUGCAUUGGACCACAGGCGAACGGUCCUUGCUGACUUGGCGGACGCGACCAUGACCCCUUCCGAAAAAGAUGCCAGCCACGUCAUGGACGCGCCGGCCAUGCCCACCGUCCCUUUCUACAGGUGGAACACGCCUAUGAUGAGCUUUGAUGCCCGUGCCAUCUCGACGACGCCGUCCCCUCAUGGCGGGGAUGGCGACGAAGGAGAACUUGCUCCAGUUCCCACGUCUGUUGAGACCGAAGGAAGAAUCGACAGGAGUGACGCAUUAAACAACGUCCAGGCGCACGACGAAGAGACGCCGUGGACAGCUGCGAUGAGACUCGAGUCGACCAAGACAACCAGGUGGGAGCGUGGGCGGCUGCCGGCGGUCUCGACGAGCAGACGGUGGCGGCUCCGUGAGUUUUCCGAUGAAGGCGGAACAGGGUCCGGCAUCAGGAUACACGCUCCCGUUUUACCGAGGGAUGUGUUGCACGACCCCUUUGGUAGUUCGGACCAUUUCACCAAGGACCAAUUCGAGCCUUUAUAUUUGAGUAAGCUCGGGACAAAGAAAUUACGACCUAACGCUCUACCAAGUAUGUUCAUACAUCGGAAGCUACCAAAGCCUAGGAAGCCCCCUUUGGAACCUAACACAGGUGCCUUAUUGUCAAGCAAUGCGUAUUCUUCAGAGGACCCUUCAUUGAAAGCUGGAGAAACCAAUGCCAACAAUGUGGGUGCAUGCCUCCUACUGGCAGCUGCAGCUUAUCUUGAAUCAGCAUCCUGUAGCAGUUCAUAUUUCGAGAACAAGCUCUGCUCGGAAGCUGCCGCCCCUCACAGCAGUUGUCCACAGGUGUCUUCACACGAUGCGGCUCCCUUUAACUACCAGGCACUUCUGUGUGACCGUGAAUUGCUGGCCUCCAGUCCAGACAGCCCAGAUUUCCUUGAUGAGGAACUGCCUGAGUGCACUGCACAUAAUGCUUCAACUACCCCAAGUGUUAUAUAUACUACGGAAUCUUCCCACGGGGAGUGUCACAGUUUGGAGAGGCUAAGAAAAAUGGGCGGUGAAAUUGCCAAUUCUACCGUCGCUCUAUCAAAUGCCAUGACUGACAGUCUACAUGUGCGACCUCCUCAAGAGGCCCAGUACCUUUCUCCGAAUGAUGUAGGUGCUCUACAGGAGAGGAUACGGCAAUUAGAAAACCAGCUGCAAAGUACAAAGAGAAGCCUGGCAUUUACACAGCGAAAGAAAAACAAAGCAGUCCAGGAAAAGAUCAACCUGAAGAAACAAAUUGAUCACUUUGUAGCGUGUGACCAGCUCCAGUGCAUGAAAAAGUCAUCGACGAGAUGUGUGCGUUGGUCUCCAGCAACAAUUCAAAAAGCUCUCAAGGUUAGACUGUCCUGUGGUGCCCGUGGGUAUUCUGUUGUAAAGGAACUUUGCACACAGCUACCAUGUGAACGCAACCUAUAUAGGCACUUAGAAAAGAACAAAUUUUCUCCAGGCAUGCUUCACGACAUUCUGCAGUGUCUUGCUCUUAAAGUAAGUGUGUAUGACAACGUUCAUGAUACAUAGUCAUGAUAUUCUCUACAUAUCUGCU